CGUGGCUCGGGUUCGAACGGGAGCGCGGGCCUGCGGCGUCUGUCGCUGCGUUACACGGAGAGUGUCGUGUCCGGUGCCCUGAGAUUCGUCGCCGACGUAGCCGCCAUGUUGGCCUGCGAGCAUCGGCUGAGGCCGCGACCUUUCCUGGGAGUCCUACCUCGAAACUGCACCAGUUACAGCCGCGACAAGGCGUGCAGCGCCAUCUUGGAUGACGGCAACCCGGGGUCGCGACCCACUUCGGCACCGGGAAGAUGCCGAGCGAUGUCCAACAGCACGCAGUGGGCCUCAGCAGCCGAAGCCAACCCGCAGCCACAGCCAGAGCCGGAGCAGCAACAACAGAAGCAGCAGCAGCAGCAGGCGCCCGAAUGCCGAGGCGAGCCGACCUCACCGCCUCCGGCAACCACCGAGUCGCCGACGGCAGCGCCGACCGGCGGCGACGACCUCCAACCACCACCACCGCCGACCACGCCCCCACCGGCGCCGGCAGAACCGGAAGCGGAAGUGACGACGGUGGAGCCGAGGACCACCGAAGCCGAGUCGACGCGGCCCGACGCGUCGUCGAGGCUACAGCCGCCGAGCGCUUCCGCGGAGUCCGCGCCUGCGCAGGCCUCCUCGAAGAAGCCGUCGCCGGCCCCCUCCGUCGCCUCGGCGGCAGCCACCUCCGCCGUCGUUGUUCCAGACACCAGCCCAUCGUGGGCGGGACCAAGUCAUGUUGGUGUCUCGGUCUUCGAGCCGCCAGGAGGGGGAGACUCGGGCCGGGUGUGUGGGAACCUGCAGAACAACAACAACAGUGGGUCGCCUCCCCAGGAGACGUCUGCAACGACCCCUGUGCGCGAUAAGCAGUCCAAGACAUGUUGCUUCUGCUGGUGCUGUUGCUGCAGUUGUUCUUGGAGAGGAUCAAGGCCAGUCUAUGCAAGCUUGCAGAAACCCGUCAAGCUUUCAAGCCUGGCCCUCAAAAGCAACAACGGCAAUGUUAGGUCACCACGGGACAACAACCAGAGGCUAACCACGGGUGACAGCAUCUUUAACGGAGAUGGCGAGCCACCCCCUACGUUAGAGGAAAUUCGGACAUGGGGAGACUCAUUUGAGAAGCUCAUGAAAUGUUCAGCUGGUCGCAAGGUGUUUAGGGACUUUUUGAAGUGUGAGUACAGUGAAGAGAACAUUCUGUUCUGGCUGGCUUGCGAGGACCUCAAGAAGGAGUCGAACCCAGAGCUGAUUGAGGAGAAAGCUCGCGCCAUCUAUGAAGACUACAUUUCCAUCCUGUCCCCUAAGGAGGUGAGCCUGGACUCUCGCGUGCGGGAGAUCAUCAACCGAAACAUGGUGGAGCCCACGCCGCACACCUUCGAUGAGGCACAGCUGCAGAUCUACACCCUCAUGCACCGCGACUCGUACCCGCGGUUCGUCAACUCCCCGCUGUUCCGAAAGCUGGCCCAGUUGCCUUCCCCGUCGCGCAAGGGCAGUGCCGCCUGAAGCUGCCGCGCCCCGUCAUCCGCCGCUGCCACACGCCCCUCUCUUCGCUGAAGCCGAAGAAGACUCGUGGGGGGACACACCCUCUCGGCUCAACAAGCUCAAUGGCGCGAGGCGGUCACCACGCGUACCUGAACACAAACUGCUACUAGCUCCCCUUCUCUACAGCCUUCUUCUUCAUUGUCCCGAGCUCCGUGCUGUUACACUUCUUCACCUCUGUUUUGAAGAGGGCAUCAUCAUCGCUCGCCCGGACCAGAACAACAGCAGCAGCAGCAGCAGUAGCAAGUGCGACAACUACUCGACGCAGCGUGCCCCCGAAUGCUCGGAAGAGACCACCUGCCGCCCUCUCUUGGGUUUCGUUCUGCCAGCAAUAAGGCUUCUUCAUCCACCUGACAUCACGCCUCCCAUUUCGUACACCAUGCUCCACACGAGUGCUUUUGCGUGAAGCCCCCCCCCCCUCUCGCUCUUGUUGUUUCCCCGCCUUCAUCGCUGCGCGGACACUGUUUCGUUGGCUGCCACAGGGCAAGAUGCUGCUCGCGUCCCGAGUCCAGCAACCGGCGGACGGGCAAGCAAGCAAGCAAGCCACGACAGCCAGUCGACAAGACGUGAAACAGGACGCACCACCCCCUCCCAAACCACAACAGAGGCUGCCAUCUUCCAAGAGUCAGUGGCGCCGGCGCACCGCUGCGCGCUCGUGCCGUUUCCACAAGUGCAUAUCAUUUGCCGACAUGUCGGCAACGAUGGAACACAAGGGGACUGUGCUCGAGUGUAGUAGUGUAGCCUCUGGCAGAACUGGAGACCUGCCUGUUUUCUCUUUCUUUCUUUCUCGUUUUCCUCUCCUCAACUGCAUCAGGCAUGCUGGGCAGGACAGUUUUGGACACUGGGGAGAGAGAGCGCCACGGCGUUUUUAAAUUCAGCUGCGCACAGUUUUAUGUGUGCCAGCGUCUGGCAGGCCCGGCUUUCAGACAGACGCUUGUGCCCGCACUUUGCCCCCCCCCCUUACCCUUUUUGCACUUGAACGAUCGCUGUCGGUUCGAUAUCCCUCACCCUCCUACAGUUCCUUUAGGGUUUUAGCCACGGGCUUUCCUCUUCCGGGGGGGAGGUCACUGUCAGAACCCAUGCCUCCUUUGGUUCCCUUUAUGUUCCUGCACAAGGUUUUGAUGGGACAGGUUGUUGUAGUGUGGUGUCUGGUGUGUGCAGUGACGUUUUUGUGUUUGUUUGCUCGUUUUUUCUACCGUCUAUCAUACCGUUCGUUACAUUUUUUUUUUUGCUCCGAAAACCUCCGGCACGUGACGGCGCCCCCUCAGGUUCGUCUUUCGGGCCGCCCGCCGCUUAUUGUUGAGUUUUCUCAGACAGAGGACUGUGCGUUUAAAUGUUCCGCGCGCUUGUGUAUGUGUGUGUCUGUGUGUGCUGCAUUGUUUUUUUUGCAGUACGAGAGAGGCGACGGCAUGCCCCCGCACGCAUGCCACGCUAAAACCGAUCCCCCUUCCUCCCAGCCUCGGCCGUUUCUAAUGUGGGGCUGACGUGCACGGCGCUUUUUGUGCGCUAGGAACUCUCCGGCGGGCUCUCUCUCGUGUGCAUCUGGUGGGGGGGGGGCGCGUUAGGGGGGGAAGAAAUGUUUCAAUGCGGGGCAUGUUGUAAGCAGACCUUUCUGUAUUGCUCGACGAUUUGACGAGGAAGGACUCGACAGGGCUCAGUGAACCCAGGCUCAGCUCCCGACCCACCCUAUCCUGCAACCCAGUUCACAUUGAAGUAUUUCGAACAUUGUACACUGCCCCCUUCCUCCCACACUUUGCUCAGGCUUUCCACCUCCCACCUUCCUUCACCCAAACGACCAAUUUAUGAUGAGGAUUGAUAGACCUGCAAGUUGCGUGGCUCUUGGCUCUCUUCAGUCUCUCCGUUUGUUUUAAUGGUUUUGUAGAGGAGGAAAAAAUUUGCGGCCCUUUUUCUAGCUGAGCGACAAGUAAGGCUAGUAGGUGAUGCUACGUCUUAAUUAGUCGUACACCUCAGAUGACACGGUGGUGGAGCUUUACCACAAAACAAUGCAAGGCGGUGCCUGUCGACCAAGUUCACUUUCGGAAGUGGAAGACUUCAGGCCAGGGGAUAUUGGCACGCUUCAUUCUCUCUGUGCAAUCUCUGUCAGUAUUGAAACGAAACGCUUUGUGUCCUUCGACGCAACAAUUCUUUCAAGAGCACCUAGUCAGAACCUCACUCACUGCUAUCUGUUAUACCGCUCUUCUCUUGAAGAGUCCCACUCAUGGAGUUUUUCCCUGUUGCAAGCAUACACAAGGAAAGUACCAGUUUCAAACAAUACUUGUGUACACGCCCUUUCACGUCGACAAAGUGCUCAUGUGCAUGCCAAAAUACAUUUAUUACUGGGGACAGUUAAUGAGCAGUUUUUCACGAGUGUAGGGACAGACAGAAAGGACUCAACAUAAGUGCUGACUUCAACAAAUAGUUUAUCGGUAAUGGGAAUGUGUGUGUGUGUACAUGCAUACAUAUAUUGAGCAUCAUAAUUGCUUCGAGUAUCGUCUCCGCAUGCGUUGAUGUUUAUAUGGCCAUUGCCAGUGAACCAUCAAAUGAGGCUAGCAUUUGUGUUCUGCGCAGCUCAGCAGUGCUGUGGCUGUAAACCUGCAAAUCUGUCAUACCACCAAGUGCCAUGCCUCCAAUACUUAUCCCGAAGUAAGACUUGGCACGCACGCGCGUACAGAGGAUGACAUCUAACUGCUCAUUCGGCUCUAAUCCUUUCCACACCUGGAAGUAAGUUGAGUCGAUAGGCGCGUGUCUUGUUGCGAUUCACGUUCAUCACAGCACUCACUGCGUCGCCACUCUAAAGCACGUGCCCUCGGCGUCUUACGUUUUCUCGCAUAGGCACCCGAAAAGCAGAUGCAGGGGCAUCCGGUUUUCUCCGCUCAUGGCAGGAGUGCUGGGUCUUCGAUGAACAAAGUGCUUCACUUUGUUGCUUCAUUUAUGUUGUCAUUUUUCGGCAUGCAGGUUGGUGCAAUAGAAGUAUACGAGCCCGUAGAUUGUUUGAUCACUUCGAGAGGAAAACGUCAAAACAAGUCCCCGCAUUACUGAAUGCACAUGCCCAGGUUUCCUUUGUUUUGCUGGAACCUACAGUGCAAUGAGAUUCCAGCACGUUCUCAAAAGUUCAUAGUUUUUCAAGUUAUAGACAACAAUUUUAUUUUGAAGAUUGUUGUGCCUUCCAAACUUCACCAAUCUUUCUUUUAAGAAACGAUCUUAGUUACCUUGAGCUAUAUUGUAGUUUGCUCUCUGUUCUUUAAAACACAAUUUACAUUGCAAGAAAACUUGGCUGGUAGUCUUGAAAGCUAACCUUUCUGAGUGUGAAGCUCUUUUGUUACUGGUCGCUUUAGGAUCGAGAUCAGUAAUGACCAUGUGAACCACCAAAACACAAAUCCAUUGACAGAAAACAAAGCCCCCGGAACAAAACUCACAGCUUUCGAGUGGUUGUGAGACUUUUUACAAAUCGUUCCCACCCCCCGACUCCCGAGCUCUGUCUUUUAUGCAGGGUCUGUGCUGAAGCGUGCACAUUUCAAAACACACCACAGUUGACUAUAAUCUGUUAAGAGCGUGGAACUGUUGCCUCGAGCUUAUAUGUUCUAAGCCUGCUUACUUGAACUUUCCAUGCAAAGCUUUCCAAAUAUGCUUCUAUUACACUUAAUUUUAGUUGGAAGUAGCAUCACUGCUAGAAAAAUUUUCGCACACGUUGUGCAAAUGCCUAGCGUAAGGGAAAGCUGAUAAAUUUCUUACAGGAGGCCUGCAUAACGAAUUUCAGGAAUUUACAUUUACAAAACGUGGUGUCAUGCCAACAUUUGGCCUUGCGUUUCAACAGCUCAACAUUCACACUUGCAGCAGAAGUUUUCUUCUACCUGGUUGUGUCAGUUGCUUUCAAUGGCCAUUUGAGGAGGGACUGGAAAAUAAUAGAAAUUCAAGGCUUUUGCUGUGCAGAGCUCUGCUUUGUUUCGUGGAAGCACUUCUUUUUUGGCCAAAUGCGUGCGGCCCUUAGAUAAAACUUUUGUUUGAUGAAACGCUAUGGACUCGCAACAAUACGAAUUUGCAGUGAAGUCGGCAAAGUCAAAAUAUAUUGCUUCGUGUGCUGUGUCUUCUGUGCACUUCGGUGGAGCUUAGUUGAGGCAAGACUUCCAUUAAUUCAAAUAUUAGGGCAUCUACAAGCAAUUCUGCAUGGUCCCAAGUGGCCGAUCAAAUGACGUUCGGAAGUGCUAACGGUGAAAGCAAUGCACCCAUGUUUGAUUUCCAAGCCUUAGCAUAGGCUCACGGGUGCCACUAUGAGACGACGCCAAGAAACCGAAUGCUCAUUUGUGCCACUGGUAUUCACAGUAAGCAUUUUCAUGGGCUUUCUCAAUUCUUUUUUUUUUUCUCGCAAGCUGUCCAUUAGCUUUUUGUCCAAUGUUCUCGCUUAGAGAUCUGCAUGACGACACAUAAAACGAUCUUAACUUGCACACAUGCUCGCAAAAGCACGAACUUAGUUGUGUUCUGGACAAUACUUCAUUCAACUUCAAAUAAUUCAAGCCUCGCUUCUUCGCCUGUGGUCCCUGGGAGCUUAAAUUUAGAGUCAACUGCAUGCUAUUCAUGUGCAUACUUUCGUAACAAUUCACACACACAACAAUUCUUGCACAACUGUUGGCUCGCCUGGUUUCCUCUUCCUGAAAAGCACCUGUUCCUCUUGUCAUGAACGUUACAUAAUCGUCAUUUCCUCGACUUCCUGAUGAACCAGUAUUGCCCUUCUUUGAGCUAUUGUUUAUUUUUAUUUGUUAGUUAGCGAGGUGCUAGUUACGCAAGAUUUUUAUUGUUUGUUUUUUUUCCUUACGAAGUGAUGCAGGUACUAUCUCGGUAGGCUUCCGUUGUUUUGCGCGCGAGUGUAGGACCUUCUAGUCAAGCAACAAUACGCCCGCGUAGCAACUGCCGUGCUAGCGUUCUUACCCUUCAAGGUGAACUGUGACAUUCCUCCGAGUUCCCGGAAGCGAAACGAGUCAAAGGAAUCACCGUGCAAAGACACGAAGGCUUCAUUUUGUUCACAAGGCACUUCACAACCUCUUCCACCAACCCCUCCCCACUGUAACAAAGAUGGGAACUGACUUGUAAAUGUUUGUUUGUUUUGUUCGUCACGCGCGCACAUUGGCCUUUACUUAAAACUGUGUUCUCAAGUGUGGCUCGUACAACUUUGAAGCCGGACUUUCACGCCGACAAACGUAUUUCAGCGCUUCUGGUAUGCACAGAUGUCGUGGCUUACUUUGUUUUCAUUCAUUUCCUUUUUCUCUGGCCAUCACUUUCGAGGUCGUCAUUUGAACCAAGCUGUUAACCCGGCCGUCACUGUUUCAAGAGUCUACAGAACGACUGCUACCAAAUGUGUGCCGGGUUUCCCGUUUCGUUCCAUCACUGUUGCGAUGCACGAUGCCAAAUGCCAUGUUCGUGUCACCGCUGUUGGUGUAGCAAUGGCAUCGGGUGUCAGUUAUGUUCUGGCAAUGUGCAGUAUGACCAGAAUUUGGGCUUCUUUGUAUCAUGCUUGUGAAUGUCUCUCUCACACUGCAAGGCUAGUGUUUAAAAAAAAAGAAAUAACCAAAAGAGCAAGACUGUAUAUAUAAGAAUAUGCAGGGAGCACACUGAACAAUGCAGACACGAAAGUGGUAUGUUACAAUAGGUUAGCUAUGCCGGGCACAGUGCAGAAUAAACUCCUAUAUGUGCUCCUGUUACAACCAACUUUCAAGGGACCUUUUUACGAAAGCUGUUUUUUUUUUCAGGAUGUCUAGUCACCACGUGGGGCUUCCAAAUGGUGAAGGGAGUUGCAGGACUUCAUCGUAAAUUUGCAUUACAUAACUAUGACGCAUGUAACGGCGGGCAAAAUCAUCACGAAGCCUUUCACACAGGUCAUGUAUAAAGACCUAUGCAAGACAUUUAAGGCCUUUUGCCUCGAUUAGACAAGACACUGGAGGACACCACUCAAAUGAAACGACGGACAGUGAAAUAUGGUGUCCCGUUGUGCUGCUUUAAUCAAAGCACAGUGGUCUGCACAAUUCUCAAAAGCCUUCAGGCAAAUGUCGUCACCAUUGCAUAAGCCUUUGAUGAAAUGUUGAUAAGGCUAGUAUUAUGCCUCGCCAAUGUUGCCUAAUGACGAGCACCUGCAUAAAGGCCUUAGUGACAACACGAGAAGCCUUUGUGGAGUGUGCAGGCCACUGCAUUGCAAUCAUUUAGUGUGAGAAGACGCAUCAAGUGUUUAACCAUGGACCACAAACAGCUAGUCCAACAGGAUGCUGCCGUGAAAAGCUAUUGCUCGGUCAUACAAUUUGCUCACCACUUGUGUUUUUCCUAAACAGUGGAGGUUGAAAACAAAGGAUUUCUACCUAAACGGACAUUCAAGUACUGGGUGUAUGAAGGGGUUAUCGUUGCUUACAGGUUCCAUACAGCUUCUAGUCAAUUUCAAUUGCACCUUCUGUUGUCCAUAUGCCCACAACAGAGUUGCACAAGUACGUAUGGAGACAAGGUAACCUCUCCACAGUGUUGUUGACUCCACCCAGAAACAGUUUCUGCAGUGCCGAGUUGAUAGGUGGCGCUGUUUAGGAUGGUUUUAUCUCGACGAUGGUAAAAAAGAAAAAGGGCUACAGCAGAUGACCAACCACAACUUGGAAUUCGCAUCUUCUUUUCUCACGAUGCCACUUAUAACCACACCAUAGCUUAUUAGCCGAAACCAAAAAACACAACCCAACUGGCGUGACACCUCCACUAUGUAUGGCUUCAAGUAUGUGAUGGGGGCUCGUGCCCAAUCAACGCUGACUGAAAAUAAGUCGUGAAUGGUCGCGAUAUUACGUUCGUAUUAUCGGGAAAGGCACUGAAGCUAGCGACUGCAAUUUUCUCGCCAUUUGGAGGCCCCUCCCUUUUUGUUUUUGUUCUUGUUUUCUUCUCUGGUCAAUGAGCUUUCCACUUUUUGAGUUACGGUUACGCCCACGACCUGCUCUGUGAAGCAGGUAAAAGGAUCAAGUCUUUUACAGAGAUUGUGUCUUUUUGGCACCUCACACGACCGUCGUAGUUGCCGAAGCCCUGGUAGUCAACGGGCAUUGGGUGAAAUUCGGAAGGGCUGGCCGAGAGAACGGUCUCGCCGCACUGCAUUCGAUGAAUAUGCUCGCGUAGGCUUAGGUUUAAAAAAAAAAGCGACACACUGCUUCACACCGAGGCUCGUCUCUGCAAAAAAAAAACCAAACAAUAGUCCCUCGCAGCAGUAUUGCAACUGUGUACUGGCGGUUCUCAACGAAGCGCUUGGCGUUGUUGCGAAGAAAACCCCAGCAUAUUGAAAAUCCAGAAGGAUGUUAAUAAAUGUUCCUUACAAUGGUUUUUCCUA